UUUGAUAAAUCUUACAUUGUUCCUCAGUUUUUCGUUGUAUAACUACAUAUAACCCCAGUAUAAUUCCUGCAGUUUUGGGGCUCGCCCCUCCAUUGUUCGCCGCUGUUAAGUCAGUUUUCUUUCUUUGUCUUUUGUUUCUUUUGUUCUGGAUUUUCUGGUAUGGAGCCUGGUCUUCUGGGGGUUCUGGGGUAUUGCGUCUAUUCCUGUUCAGCAAUAGAUCCCUUUUACCUUUGUGUAGGGGACUCUGGGUUAUUGAUUAUUCCUUUGUCUACCGGAGAUUAUCUGCGGGAUGGAGCUUUUUCCUGUUUAGUUCUUGGAGUCUAUUUUGACUCAUCCGUUUCCUAGUCUUGUGUCAUGUGUAUACAGGUGAAGCACUCAGACGGAUCCCUCCAAGGAACAGCCCAGGAUAAAAGCAGCGCACAAGACUUCAAAGGUGAUGGACACAAAGAGCGGACAGGUAUAUAUAAGGAGCAGCUGAGGCGUAUCCACAGUGUAUCUCAGCUCUCCACUGACUCCCAGCUAUGGCUGCCUACACAAGCCUGCUCCUCAUUGCUGCACUCUGUGUGGGUACAGUUUACUCCUUAUCCUGCUACACGUGUGCAGCUCAAAGCAGCAACGCCAACUGCAUGACCGCGACCAACUGCACCACCGGGGCCACCUCCUGCAUGACCACUUCGACCACGGCCUCAGUCGCGGGCGUCUCUGUUACCUCCAUCACUAAGACUUGCUCCGCCGCCUGUGCAGCCACUUCAGUUAAUACCGCUUUGUCCUCAUCGAGUGUCACCUGCUGCAGCACCGACCUGUGUAACACCAGCGGAGCCUCCAGCAUCAAGUCCACCUCCACCAUCCUGGCCGCAGCCCUGGGAGCCAUCAUGGUUCUCCUCAGAAGCUCCUCCCUGUAAUCUCCUGGUUGUGGAUGAACCUCAGAAUACAAUAAAAUGUCCCGUAG